AUGUUCGAAGAAAAAACACCGGAUGGGUUCAUACAGGUGCUUCCUUGUCCCGCUGUUUGCUUCUCGCCCACGCCUAUAGGCGAGCGUGGCUUGCUUGUUACGAUAACGUUUAUUUUGAAACAACUUGACGGUAGAGUUAAAGACCUUUGUUCCCAUUUAAUGCUGUGUAAAACUUGUCUUGAAUAGUUUGAAGAGUUCAUUUUUGGCCAUUGCCUAAUCUAGGGUCUAUUGCCACGUGCUGUCACACAGUUAUUUGUCGCGUAGACUGUGAAUGCAUGUUAACCAUUUCAAGGGAUCUCGAUGUAAAAAGUCAACUUACGUCCUCGUGGCCUGAACCCUGGUCUGAGGCUAUUAUGCAGCACAUAAAAUUCCUCAGACGAUGUAGAGGUAGUAAAACAUGUCCAGAAAGCAGUUUUAAGUAAAUAAAAAUCCAUUGGAUUCCACUAAUCAUUACUAACUAAGGUCCUUAAGGCUUCACUGAUCAUUUAGGACAUGACAUUGUCGGUCAGUUAUAUCCGGACUCUUGGCCGGGAAAACCGGACGUUCGGACACAUGCCCAGUUGGUAGUUGAGUCUAUCGUUCGACCGUUUGUGCCACGGCAUUAAGCCCUGUCUUUUGCUGCCGGGAAUGCUGAAAGUCAGGGGUGUGUAGCGUUUAUUGGUCUGACCGAUUACGAUGCGUAAUACACGCAUCCCAUUUUUUGUAUUUGGACGCCGAAUUCGAAUGACCUUAUGACGACAUCCCGAUCCAGGUCCGUAAUAUGGUUAGCUGUUGAAGCUAAGUAGGCCGCAAAUGACUAUUUCAUCUCCCCUUGCAUUUUUAGUGAUUAUUCUUGAUGCCUGACCGUCCGUAUAUGACAAUUUGCAAAAUAAUCGUGUAUUUUAACUAUAGGAGGGCCCCUGUCCCAGCACAAUUGGUUACUGUUUCCUGGUUAGUGUUUCUGCAUCUGAAAAUCCAGCUUAAGAGAGUUUACGGUCAAGUCAACUACCCCGUGGAUAUAAUAAGUUGGUCUCAGAGAAGGUUAUGGGAGCAAAACAGCAUGAGCGUCUAAGAUUGUGGGGCAGUUUAUACUCAGUCCGUAUUUACGUACAAUGCCAGUCAUACCAUUUGGUCAAGAGUUUAAUCUUGUCUUUGCCCUUAUAGAGCCUCUUAUUAAGGGUUUGGGCUACGUUUGGUGGGUUUCGAGAAACCCGAUUGACAUCUGGCAAAUCCGUGUUAUGUGCAUCUCGUGAAGCCACUGGUCGAGGGAAGAUCGCAAACAAUCCUUACUCCUUGUCAUUUUCGCAACAUACUAAUGGGCACGGUCGACUGGUGCUCGUUUAGUAGUAUUUUAAGACUUUCUGCUGACAGUUUGUGUUUAAUCAAGCUCGUUAGCACUUAAAACAACUUGCCCGUAUAGUUGACCUCUGAGUGUCCCGGCCUGGUAGGUACCAGCUAUGCGUUCCGCAUAACUAAACUGUUACACAUGUUCGGUGGUUCGCCAACUUCUUUUUGACGACCGCGUUUUGACGCCAUCUCACGCGUCUGUCGUUUUGCACCUGCUGUGCUUUGCGUGCAUUUAAAUGUCACAAGAUUCGCACUUCAUUUUUAAGAUGCAGGAAAUCAUUCACUCUUAAUCCAACUGACUUAAUUUCACUCUUCAGGUAGAAGUACCGGAUUCGCCAGGUGAGAGGGCUGAAACACAAGCUGAGCCAUCGCUGCUGCAGCAGGAAUCUCCGCCCGUCAGCACUGUUGCCAAAACUUCCCAUGAUGAUGAUGAUGCUGAUGAAGAUCUCAACAUCAACGAUCUUGAUGCAAUAGAUGACUCUGAUUUUGAGGACGAGACCCUUGUAGAGCGACUGAUCGGCCUCACCGAAAUGUUCCCCGAAUCCUUCCGAAACGGUGUCUGUACCUCAGUCUCAGCCGUGCUGACUGGAAUCAAAGGCACAUAUUCUCUGAGUCGCGGUCUUUUAUGGUUUAUAGCUAGCACCUCAACCGUGUGCUUCCUUCCUCUACUGUUAGAGUUAGAACGGGUUCAGGUAGAGGAGCAGGAGGCCGUUGAGCAGAGGACCAUGAUGCUCGGCCCCACUGCGGUUGGCGGCGCUGGCCACAGCGGUCUGGCUGGCUUUUCCGCUACUGUGCCUGUCCUUACACCUGUUCAGAAAUGA